AUGAGACGGUUUUUCUUCCAAUUUAUCAAGUUUGGUGCUGGUCGCCGUUACUUCAAAUCAAUUCAAGAUUCUCUUAAACUUUUUUCGGUGUAUUCUAACUGGGUAGUUAGAGGAUCGCUCACAAGUUUCGUGUUGCUUAGAUACACAAGAAAAGCUCAUUUACUAGCUGACGACGCGCAUAAUGUUCAUGUGGAUCACAAACUAACAAAGAGAGAACAACGAUUCCUACAGUUUGCCUCCUUAGAGUAUGAUGAUGUGAUUUACAUGAGUCCAAUGGACUUUUUGGAUUCUCUAACAUUAGAUAACCCAAGAGAAAGAGUAUACCGUCGAGUAUUGAAGAAAGAAGAGAUUGAGAGUAUGCUCGGAAGGACUCCUCCAUUCAGGCGCGGUGGGACAAAUUUAUUCAGAUCGUUAGGUCAAUCAGGAUUGAUAUCGUAUUCUGAAUAUAUUUUCCUGUUGACCCUCUUGACAAAAUCAAAGUCAGCUUUCAAAAUAGCUUUCAUGAUGUUUGAUGACGAUGACAGCGGCAGGAUUGAUAAGAAUGAGUUUCUAAUGGUUCGUAGUUUGACAUCGUCACUUCGAUCAAAUCGGGCAAUGAUCCAAACUGAUGACCAAUGUCAAUUAGAUGUUUCUGAGUAUAACUUUGUAGUUUCGAGACUGAAUACACGCAUUCUCUCAGGAGGAGAUUCGUAUGCCAUCAGAUUCAGAGUCAACAGAAUGUUUGCGACACGAGCAGCUCAUCUUCACGGUACUCGCUUUGUUCCAAAAAGUGAGGAAGAAGUUAAGAAGCAAUCGACCACUUUGCUUCUUCAUCUAUUUGGUCUCCGUGGUAACGAGACGCUUUCCUUCGAAGAAUUCCAAAAAUUUUAUCAUAAUUUGCAAAGCGAGUUGAUGGAAAUCGAAUUUCAUGAGUUUGCUCGCGGUAAAAACACGAUCUCUCCGAUUGAUUUCGCCCGAUUGGUUCUUCGAUACACAGUUGUAAACCUUGACGAUUAUCACACUUACAUAAAUCGGGUGGGGGACCGAACAUCGACUAAAGACGACGGAUUAACUUUAUCAAUGUGGGCUCGUUUUUCAAUGUUUUUGAACAACUUGGAAGAAUUUUCAACGGCUGUUCGGCUUUAUACUAAUGCAGAUAUGCCUGUAUCCCAAGCUGAAUUCAGUAGAGCUGUUGAGUGUACCAUAGGACAAAAACUGGAUCCCUUAGUUGUCGAUUUCAUUUUCCGAAUUUUUGACGCCAAUAAUGAUGGAACAUUAAGUUAUACCGAGUUUUUGGAUGUCAUGAAUGACCGACUACACAGAGGAUUACGGGGGCGCGUUGACAAACACUGGGGAUGGCAGCGAUUUAAAAAUUGUGUAAUUAGUGAGGUGGCCAGUGGGUAG